AUGGUUGAUGUUGAUGUGGUCAAGAAUCACGAGAUUCAGAUGCUUGAGGUCUACGAUGCCACCGAUCAGCUACAGAAGGAGCAGAGCAAGACUGGACACCUUCGACACCUGUCCAAGAUCGAGCCAUUCUUAGACAGACUCAGAGAGGAUAGUGGUGUGGUGGAGACAUUUGUACAAGCAAAACCCGACAUCCUCGCGUUAAUCUGGGGUCCGAUAAAGCUCCUCCUGCUAUGGGGGGAUGCCUUGACAAAGUCCUUCACUGCUAUUUCAGACACUCUUGAGGAGGUCGGGUCUCUGUUACCCGAAUUUUGCAAGGUCACAAGCAUAUUCACCGACAGCAUUCACCUGCAAGAGAUACUGGUCCUCUUUUUCCGAGACAUACUCGACUUGUACCUGAUCACCAUCAAGUUCUUUAGCUUGCCUCGGCUCAAACUUGUUUUUGAGGCGCUCUGGCCAAAUCGAAGAGACGAGAUAAAACUGGUCACAAAGCACAUUGCCCGACACCGCGAGCUGAUGCGGACCGAAGUUCGCCUCGAAGAGAUUCGCGCUGCUGACGAUGCCAGACAGCGGGAACUCAAACACUUCGCUCAGGCUGAAGAAUCUGCCAUCAGGCAGGAAUAUUCUACCCUCCGUGCCCACAUCUCUCCCAGGACUUACGACCACGAUCUGUACCGACACCAUGCAGACGUCUGUGAGGGGACUGGAAAGUGGCUCUUUCGUGACCAGUCAUUCAAAGACUGGGUAGACCAUUCCAAGGGAACAACCCGGAUUCUCUGGCUCAAGGGGAUUCCAGGAGCCGGCAAAACACUGCUUGCAAGUAGUGUGAUUAGACACACCCAGCCCCUCCACCUGACACUUUUCGCUUUCCUCACCUACAAGGAUACCAGCACAACCGCUUUAUCCAUCUUUCAUUCCUUGAUCUUUCAACUUGCCUCGGAAUCUAUCGCCCUGCAGAAGGAGUUGUGUCAAUCUGAUCAGAAAAACCUGACGAACAGCCUCGAGACUUCGGCUAAUCUUCUUCAAUCACUGCUCGAAUGCGCAGGCGUCGUCUGCGUGGUUAUUGAUGGCAUUGACGAAAUCGACCUAUUUGAACGCUCGAGGCUCUUGAAGCAACUCCUCAAGCUGGGAGAGGCGUGUCAGAAGUGCCGAAUUCUCCUCAGUAGUCGCUCUGAGGACGAUAUCAGUACCGCCUUACGAGGGAAGGUGGCAGAGAUCAAGGUGGACCAGCGAAACGCCGGGAGUAUUCAAGCAUUCGUAAAUCACUCGAUGAUGGAUUGGCUCGAUCAAAGACGCUUCACCCCAGAAGUGCGUCACGAAAUCGAAGGCUGGGCUGCACCAUUGGCGUCCAAGGCAAAAGGCAUGUUCUUGUACGUCAAGGUGAUCUUCGGCAUGAUUCAAUACUUGGACAAUGUGGACGAGAUCCUCGAUCAGCUGAAGCACCUUCCAGAAUCCUUAGAUGAUGCUUACGGGAGAAUAUUCCAACGACUCAACGCAUCGACAGACAGCACUCUACGUCUGAAAGCUCAUCGGAUCCUGGGCUGGGUUAGUUGUGCACCGUCACCUAUGACCAGGCAUGAGCUAGAACAAGCUUUGGUAAUCAACCCAGAGCAACCCGACCAAGAACCCAGAGUCAAUUCGGAGCUCAAUGUAGUUGAAUUCUGCGGCCCAAUUGUGGAAGUUAUUGAUGAAUAUGUGCAAUUUGUUCACUUCACUGUCAAGGAGUACAUUUUCAACAAGAAAAUCGACGGCUUCAUCUCACUAUCGGACAUGGCCUUGGGGCUUGCUGUUCGUUGCAUUAGCUACCUCUGCCAGGAGCAUCACGACUUAGAAUUUAUUGAGGAAGAACUGGAAGACAACAUACUCUCGGGAGCUUAUCGGUUUCACAAUUUCGCGGCUACGUACUGGUGGAGGCUGAUCAAGCAAUAUCUGUCUCUAUCCAAGGCGGCCUCAAUCCCCGACAGCCUGAGAGACCAGUUGCAACAACUUCACGACACACGAUUAGCAGAUGGUUACCAACAAGCUGAUCAAAAAAUCGACAUAGAGUUCAACAUGAACGAGGCCAUCCUAGCAUUGAAGCCUGUACAGCCUAGCCUAGCAGAGAUGCUCCGCAAUGUCUCUCAAUUCCAGAGUGCUUCCUCAAAAGCUGACUAUCAUCUCAAAAGUUGUGAGUGCAACGAGCCUCUGGACGACCUGAUCUGCCUUGCUAAUCGCCAUUUUCAGCUGAACGAUGGGUUCACCUUGACCCACUCACCAUCUCCCGAGUCUCGAUCGAAUUACACCGGCGAUUCAACACCAGUCUCUGCGGAACAGCGCACAAUCAGCAAAAGAUCGCCCACCAUUACGGAGUCAACAUUUUCAGAUGUGGGUUUCUACGCUGCCAGUUCCACCGUCGUGGUUUUGGCACCCAGUCCGAUCGCCGUUCCCAUGAGAAAAAUCACGACAAGCCGUGGAAAUGUGACGUUGCUGGUUGCGAUUAUGCGGAGAUUGGAUUCAUCUCGAGGAGAAUGA